GAAACAUGGAACGGCAACAAGUUACACUGCUGCAGAUCCUUAUAUCCUUAUCAUUGCACAUUAUAAGCCUUUCAUUCGCAUUGAAUCACUUUUUUGUUCCUGAAAGGGAGGAGCUGUUUAGUGAGUGCCCCAACAAGCCAGGAGUUUCUUUCGUGGAUACGUUGGCGGAUCUUUCCCUAUUGAGCCGUAAAAAGGGUGCAGAUGGUGCAGUGAAUAUAUCGGGAAACAUUACCAUGAAAUGGGAUGUCGACCAUUCAAAUCGCGUCGCGGUUGAAGUGGGCGUACAUAAGUUUGAAGGAGGAACUUGGAAGCCAACUGUUUUCAAGGGGGGUGAUACAGAUUUCUGCAAAUCCUUUUUUGAGAAGAACACCAUUUAUUAUCCUUACUCGACCAAACACGUAAUCAACAAGAAGCAAAUUAAGGACAAAUGCAUUACAACUCCAGAAACCGUCUUAGUUUUGGAACCCUAUCUCCUGAAAAUAUUAAUUAAUUACGCAGUGCCUCUGACUCCGGGACGUCACAAGGCUGUUAUUUUAUUUUCUGCAUUCGACAAAUCUGGAGUUAAGCUUCAAAGGGACAUAUGCUUGGAAAUUAUUGGCGAUAUAGUGAAUAUCUGAGAGCAAUUAUUCAUUUUACUUUUAUUAAAGC